GAGAUCUACCAGAUUCACAGCGUGUCACUUGGCGCAAGGACUCUGCACUGGGCGACGCCAAGGACAGUGUGACCAAUGUUCAGCUUGACCUAACAGGAGGAUAUUAUGAUGCUGGCGAUUAUGGCAAAUUUGGGUAUCCAAUGUCAAGUAUGACAACAGUGUUAGCAUGGGGAGCAAUCGACUAUAGUACUGCCUAUACACAAGCAGGGGAAAUGUUGUACAUGAAAGAGGCUGUCAAGUGGGCUACAGACUAUUUCCUCAAGGCACACGUGAGUCCUACAGUGUUGUAUGGCCAAGUAGGCAAUGGUCAGCUUGACCAUGCUUUUUGGGGCCGACCAGAGGACAUGACUAUGGACAGACCAGCUUACAAGAUCACUGAAGCAAAUCCCGGUUCUGACUUGGUGGCUGAGACUUCUGCUGCACUGGCUGCUGCCGCCAUUCUCUUCAAAGAUUCCAACCCUGCAUAUUCUGCCGAAUGUCUUCAACACUCUAGGGAGCUUUACGACUUUGCCGAUAAUUUUAGAGGCGAUUAUGAUGCUACAAUUCCUGGUGUUUCUGAAUUCUAUGCCAGCUAUGGCUACUAUGAUGAAUUAGCAUGGGCUGCUGCCUGGCUUUACCGUGCCACAGGUGAGACUACCUACUUAACGGCUGCUAAGAAUCAUUAUCAGCAACUUUCAACAAGUCCUUGGGAAUUUUCUUGGGCUGAUAAGACUCCUGGAGUGCAGGUAUUACUGGCACAACUUGCUGACGAAGUGGAUAAAGCCACAUAUGUGAAUCAUGUGACCAGCUUCUGCAACGACAUUGUAGACAACAGGCAAAGGACACCCAAAGGAUUGCUAUACCUUAGUCAGUGGGGUUCCCUCCGAUAUGCAGCUAACGCAGCCUUUAUCUGCCUAAGAGCUGCAGACUUGGGCAUCAACCCUGAGAAAUAUCGAGAGUUUGGCAAGCAACAAAUCCACUACAUGUUAGGUGACACUGGACGAAGCUAUGUGGUAGGUUUUGGUGUGAACCCUCCACUGCGGCCGCAUCACGCCAGCAGCUCUUGUAAACCAGCUCCAGCAACCUGUGACUGGACAGACUUCCAUUCACCAGAUCCUAACCCUCACGUGCUGUAUGGAGCCUUGGUGGGAGGCCCUGAUGCCAACGACUGGUACGAGGACAAACGCGAUGACUAUAUCAAGAAUGAAGUUGCCACAGACUACAAUGCAGGGUUCCAGUCUGCUGUGGCUGCUCUUCGCUCCCUUACUGAUUGUGGUGGAGUGACAGCAGCCCCCACACCAGCACCUACCUCGGCUCCCACGCCAGCACCCACCUCGGCUCCCACGCCAGCACCCACCUCGGCUCCCACUCCCGCACCCACUCCAGCACCCACCACACCGAACACAGGCGGAGGAAGUGGCAGCUGCUUCAGAUUCGCCAAAGCCAACAGUUGGGACGGAAACUAUGAUGGAACAUUGUAUGUGACUGUCCCCAAUGAUGUAGGGUCUUGGAACAUCGACCUUCAGUUAUCAUCAUCUGUGGAUAAUUUCCAGGCGUGGACAGCGAAUGUGGCACCCACCUCUGGCACCUCCAUCACGCUCACCAACAAAAGCUACAAUGGAGUCCAAAGUGCUGGUGCAGUGCUUGAAUUAGGCAUCUUGGUGACCUUCUCGGGAACUACUCCAGCCAUCACGGCCGCGACUUUCAAUGGUGAAAACCUUGCAAGUUGUGGAGCUACCUCGGCUCCUUCCACCCCAGCUCCAACUCCGGCUCCAACGCCGGCUUCGACUCCAGAAACUACUGCGAACCCGGGAACUGCAGAACCUAGUACCCAAGCACCAGGUUCUGGGUGUGUUGCUCCUGGGACAAGUUACAACUACGAUGAAGUUCUUCACAAGUCCCUCCUGUUUUACGAAGCUCAGCGAUCUGGAGAUCUACCAGAUUCACAGCGUGUCACUUGGCGCAAGGACUCUGCACUGGGCGACGCCAAGGACAGUGUGACCAAUGUUCAGCUUGACCUAACAGGAGGAUAUUAUGAUGCUGGCGAUUAUGGCAAAUUUGGAUAUCCAAUGUCAAGUAUGACAACAGUGUUAGCAUGGGGAGCAAUCGACUAUGGUACUGCUUAUAUACAAGCAGGGGAAAUGUCGUACAUGAAAGAGGCUGUCAAGUGGGCUACAGACUAUUUCCUCAAGGCACACGUAAGUCCUACAGUGUUGUAUGGCCAAGUAGGCAAUGGUCAGCUUGACCAUGCUUUUUGGGGCCGACCAGAGGAUAUGACUAUGGACAGACCAGCCUACAAGAUCACUGAAGCAAAUCCUGGUUCUGAUUUGGUGGCUGAGACUUCUGCUGCACUGGCUGCCGCCUCCAUUCUCUUCAAAGAUUCCAACCCUACAUAUUCUGCCGAAUGUCUUCAACACUCUAGGGAGCUCUAUGACUUUGCUGAUAAUUUCAGAGGAGAUUACGAUGCUACAAUUCCUGGUGUUUCUGAAUUCUAUGCUAGUUAUGGCUACUAUGACGAAUUAGCAUGGGCUGCUGCCUGGCUUUAUCGUGCUACAGGUGAGACUACCUACCUAACGGCUGCUAAGAAUCAUUAUCAGCAACUUUCAACAAGUCCUUGGGAAUUUUCUUGGGCUGAUAAGACUCCUGGAGUGCAGGUAUUACUGGCACAACUUGCUGACGAAGUGGAUAAAGCCACAUAUGUGAAUCAUGUGACCAGCUUCUGCAACGACAUUGUAGACAACAGGCAAAGGACAUCCAAAGGAUUGCUGUACCUUAGUCAGUGGGGUUCCCUCCGAUAUGCAGCUAACGCAGCCUUUAUCUGCCUAAGAGCUGCAGACUUGGGCAUCAACCCUGAGAAAUAUCGAGAGUUUGGCAAGCAACAAAUCCACUACAUGUUAGGUGACACUGGACGAAGCUAUGUGGUAGGUUUUGGUGUGAACCCUCCACUGCGGCCGCAUCACGCCAGCAGCUCUUGUAAACCAGCUCCAGCAACCUGUGACUGGACAGACUUCCAUUCACCAGAUCCUAACCCUCACGUGCUGUAUGGAGCCUUGGUGGGAGGCCCUGAUGCCAACGACUGGUACGAGGACAAACGCGAUGACUAUAUCAAGAAUGAAGUUGCCACAGACUACAAUGCAGGGUUCCAGUCUGCUGUGGCUGCUCUUCGCUCCCUUACUGAUUGUGGUGGAGUGACAGCUGCACCAACAACAGCAGCCCCCACACCAGCACCUACCCCUGCACCCACCUCUGCACCUACCCCAGUUCCAACGCCAGAGCCUACCGCAAACCCAGGAACUGAAGAACCUAGUACCCAAGCACCAGGUUCUGGGUGUGUUGCUCCUGGGACAAGCUACAACUACGAUGAAGUUCUUCACAAGUCCCUCCUGUUUUACGAAGCUCAGCGAUCUGGAGAUCUACCAGAUUCACAGCGUGUCACUUGGCGCAAGGACUCUGCACUGGGCGACGCCAAGGACAGUGUGACCAAUGUUCAGCUUGACCUAACAGGAGGAUAUUAUGAUGCUGGCGAUUAUGGCAAAUUUGGAUAUCCAAUGUCAAGUAUGACAACAGUGUUAGCAUGGGGAGCAAUCGACUAUGGUACUGCCUAUAUACAAGCAGGGGAAAUGUCGUACAUGAAAGAGGCUGUCAAAUGGGCUACAGACUAUUUCCUCAAGGCACACGUAAGUCCUACAGUGUUGUAUGGCCAAGUAGGCAAUGGUCAGCUUGACCAUGCUUUUUGGGGCCGACCAGAGGAUAUGACUAUGGACAGACCAGCCUACAAGAUCACUGAAGCAAAUCCUGGUUCUGAUUUGGUGGCUGAGACUUCUGCUGCACUGGCUGCUGCCUCCAUGCUCUUCAAAGAUUCCAACCCUGCAUAUUCUGCCGAAUGUCUUCAACACUCUAGGGAGCUCUAUGACUUUGCUGAUAAUUUCAGAGGAGAUUACGAUGCUACAAUUCCUGGUGUUUCUGAAUUCUAUGCUAGUUAUGGCUACUAUGACGAAUUAGCAUGGGCUGCUGCCUGGCUUUACCGUGCCACAGGUGAGACUCCCUACCUAACGGCUGCUAAGAAUCAUUAUCAGCAACUUUCAACAAGUCCUUGGGAAUUUUCUUGGGCUGAUAAGACUCCUGGAGUGCAGGUUUUAUUAGCACAACUUGCUGACGAAGUGGAUAAAGCUACAUAUGUGAAUCAUGUGACUGCCUUCUGCAAUGACAUUGUAGACAACAGGCAAAGGACACCCAAAGGAUUGCUGUACCUUAGUCAGUGGGGUUCCCUCCGAUAUGCAGCUAACGCAGCCUUUAUCUGCCUAAGAGCUGCAGACUUGGGCAUCAACCCUGAGAAAUAUCGAGAGUUUGGCAAGCAACAGAUCCACUACAUGUUAGGUGACACUGGACGAAGCUAUGUGGUAGGUUUUGGUGUGAACCCUCCACUGCGGCCGCAUCACGCCAGCAGCUCUUGUAAACCAGCUCCAGCAACCUGUGACUGGACAGAUUUCCAUUCACCAGAUCCUAACCCUCACGUGCUGUAUGGAGCCUUGGUGGGAGGCCCUGAUGCCAACGACUGGUACGAGGACAAACGCGAUGACUAUAUCAAGAAUGAAGUUGCCACAGACUACAAUGCAGGGUUCCAGUCUGCUGUGGCUGCUCUUCGCUCCCUUACUGAUUGUGGUGGAGUGACAGCAGCCCCCACACCAGCACCUACCUCGGCUCCCACGCCAGCACCCACCUCGGCUCCCACGCCAGCACCCACCUCGGCUCCCACUCCCGCACCCACCCCCGCACCCACUCCAGCACCCACCACACCGAACACAGGCGGAGGAAGUGGCAGCUGCUUCAGAUUCGCCAAAGCCAACAGUUGGGACGGAAACUAUGAUGGAACAUUGUAUGUGACUGUCCCCAAUGAUGUAGGGUCUUGGAACAUCGACCUUCAGUUAUCAUCAUCUGUGGAUAAUUUCCAGGCGUGGACAGCGAAUGUGGCACCCACCUCUGGCACCUCCAUCACGCUCACCAACAAAAGCUACAAUGGAGUCCAAAGUGCUGGUGCAGUGCUUGAAUUAGGCAUCUUGGUGACCUUCUCGGGAACUACUCCAGCCAUCACGGCCGCGACUUUCAAUGGUGAAAACCUUGCAAGUUGUGGAGCUACCUCGGCUCCUUCCACCCCAGCUCCAACUCCGGCUCCAACACCGGCUUCGACUCCAGAAACUACUGCGAACCCGGGAACUGAACCUAGUACCCAAGCACCAGGUUCUGGGUGUGUUGCUCCUGGGACAAGUUACAACUACGAUGAAGUUCUUCACAAGUCCCUCCUGUUUUACGAAGCUCAGCGAUCUGGAGAUCUACCAGAUUCACAGCGUGUCACUUGGCGCAAGGACUCUGCACUGGGCGACGCCAAGGACAGUGUGACCAAUGUUCAGCUUGACCUAACAGGAGGAUAUUAUGAUGCUGGCGAUUAUGGCAAAUUUGGAUAUCCAAUGUCAAGUAUGACAACAGUGUUAGCAUGGGGAGCAAUCGACUAUGGUACUGCCUAUAUACAAGCAGGGGAAAUGUCAUACAUGAAAGAGGCUGUCAAGUGGGCUACAGACUAUUUCCUCAAGGCACAUGUAAGUCCUACAGUGUUGUAUGGCCAAGUAGGCAAUGGUCAGCUUGACCAUGCUUUUUGGGGUCGACCAGAGGAUAUGACUAUGGACAGACCAGCCUACAAGAUCACUGAAGCAAAUCCUGGUUCUGACUUGGUGGCUGAGACUUCUGCUGCACUGGCUGCUGCCUCCAUUCUCUUCAAAGAUUCCAACCCUGCAUAUUCUGCUGAAUGCCUUCAACACUCUAGGGAGCUCUAUGACUUUGCUGAUAAUUUCAGAGGAGAUUACGAUGCUACAAUUCCUGGUGUUUCUGAAUUCUAUGCCAGCUAUGGUUACUAUGAUGAAUUAGCAUGGGCUGCUGCCUGGCUUUAUCGCGCCACAGGUGAGACUACCUACUUAACGGCAGCUAAGAAUCAUUAUCAGCAACUUUCAACAAGUCCUUGGGAAUUUUCUUGGGCUGAUAAGACUCCUGGAGUGCAGGUAUUACUGGCACAACUUGCUGACGAAGUGGAUAAAGCCACAUACGUGAAUCAUGUGACUGCCUUCUGCAACGACAUUGUAGACAACAGGCAAAGGACACCCAAAGGAUUGCUGUACCUUAGUCAGUGGGGUUCCCUCCGAUAUGCAGCUAACGCAGCCUUUAUCUGCCUAAGAGCUGCAGACUUGGGCAUCAACCCUGAGAAAUAUCGAGAAUUUGGCAAGCAACAGAUCCACUACAUGUUAGGCGACACUGGACGAAGCUAUGUGGUAGGUUUUGGUGUGAACCCUCCACUGCGGCCGCAUCACGCCAGCAGCUCUUGUAAACCAGCUCCAGCAACUUGUGACUGGACAGACUUCCAUUCGCCAGAUCCUAAUCCUCACGUGCUGUAUGGAGCCUUGGUGGGAGGCCCUGAUGCCAACGACUGGUACGAGGACAAACGCGAUGACUAUAUCAAGAAUGAAGUUGCCACAGACUACAAUGCAGGGUUCCAAUCUGCUGUGGCUGCUCUUCGCUAUCUUGCAGACUGUAGUGCAAAACACUGAAAUGAAGGAAUGCCCAUCAUUUCCCAACCCUAAGGGGCAUUGAAGCCAUGGUUUCACUAGACUCAGCUGUGGUCACCCACCCUCUUGUAUUGGCUACACUCCCCUAGGUGAGGCACAUCUGGACAGGCUUCAAAACUUCACCAGCCUUCAGUAAAGCCAAAUGAAAGUCAUUGCUUCAGGAUUCCCUAGUUCUCAGCUUAUGUCAGAAAAGUAAAAAUUCAAGACCUGAGUCUAGUUCCAGAAUAAGAUAGAGCAAGUGAAACCUCAGCUU